AUUAGUUAGCGGUCCUUGAGUCUGACGGUGGUCUGCCGUGGAUUGUGUUUGACGUAUUCUGCAAGUCUCGUAAUCAUUCAGGUUAGUGGAAGCAAUUCUCAAUACUACAAGGGAGCUGAUUGCUGGUCAGUUUUGAUUGAUAACACUUCGGGUCGAUCGGAAAGCUAGGAAGCAUCGGUCUGUGUGUCGGAGUACAGAGCAAGCCUUCGAAGUGAAUUUUCCCUGCUGCAUAUACUGCUGUUGAAUUCGACUGCAGAUUGGAAGCAGAUACAGGCAAUGGAUCCCCCACAGUCAGGGUCAGGGCCCGAGGCUGAGCCCACGAAAUCUUUGAAAUCGAAGGUCGUUAGCAAAGUUGCACCGAGCUUCGUUACAGAGCAUCCGGAAUUCAUUUAUCCAUCUGUAGUCGACAUUUACGUUUUGGACAUUUACAUGCCUGUUCUUAGCCUGUACCGGUUAGACACUACUCUUCCCUGGGCGUUCUCGGACUUCGUCCGUAAUCUGAAAGACUCUUUGAGCAAGGUUUUGAGUUUGUAUUAUCCCAUGGCGGGCAAGUGGGUCGUAGCAGAGGACUUGUACAUUCGGAAGUUGCACUGCAGCGAUGAAGGCCCAGUGUUUGUGGAGGCGACUGUCGAUGAUGACAUGGAUAAAUAUUUCGACUUCGACCACGACUUAAAUCCUCCACCGGAUCUGUAUGGAGAAUCCUCUAUCCCAGGAAUCAGUCUUGAGGAUCCGCAAUAUAUGCCGGCGAACAAAGAGUGGCCCAGCUUAAUCAUUCAGGUGACGGGCUUCAAGUGUGGGGGAGUUGCCCUCAUCGUAUCAUUUAAUCACAUGCUCACCGAUGGCUUCUCCUUUGAUCGCUUUUUGAAAGCUUGGUCAGAAAUUGCAGCCACUGGGCAGACGUCCAUGAAGCCCAAUUUCGAUCGAUCGUCUUUACCCUCAUUGCUCAACAAAGGACAAAAGUACGGGUUAAGUACAGACAUGAAGAACGUGGACGAUGUGCUGUCAAACAUGUUCAGGAAUUUUCCUCCAAUUCACGAUCCCAGAUCGGUAAGUAAGUGUUACGACAUCAAAUCGGACGCGGUUGAGAGGAUCCGUCAGAAAGCGAAAGAAGGUCAUGCCUCAGAGAAACUGGAGCUGCCAGAACGAUUCACCAAUUUCGAAUGCAUCUCGACUCAAAUGUGGAGAUGCUUUUCGAGGCUACCCAGCGGCCAUGAACGCAUGACCAGCAAGAAUAAGGUUCAUUUUCUCUUUCCGGUGGAAGGAAGAAAGCGAAUGUGCAAUCCUCCACUUCCAGAUGAUUAUGUCGGUAACAUGCUUCUGUCAGUGGCUCCUCCGAUAAUGACGGGCCCUGAAUUAUGCGAGAAGUCUUACGCCUGCGCCGCUUGCGAAAUCCAUAAAUCGAUUCUCAGCCUGAACACCGAGACGGCUUGGAUGAGAAUCGACGAGCAGACCAAGGGAACGAUCCAAAUGACACUCACCCCUCGAGAAAAUCUGCCAGAAACACAGUCGGAGAAACCCGACGCUAGCCCGACGCCAUUCGCAUGUGCACUGUCGUCAUGGAUUCGAUUCACAAACCUCUACAAUUUGGACUUCGGCUUCGGAGUCCCGUUUCGCGUCACGCUCUGCUCGUUGCACACAAUUCCGGACUUUCCGUUGGCCUAUUUUUUGCCCCCUCGCCCGCAAUCCGGCGAUGUGGCCUCCUUGUUCCUGCGGUCAAGUCCCUGGAUGGCCGACUUACUUCUUCAGGAUCCUGAGUUCCAAGAUUUUGUCUCCUGAGGCGCAUCCGAUCUGUCCUUGUACACGUGCCUUCCGGGCAGCGGGCCAACUGGAUUACAUGCAUUAGAUGCAGAAGGACAUCUUGUAUCGCUGUCCGGGCCUAGCCCCAUUCAGAUUUCCGCCUGUUCCAUCUUGACAGGAUCUCUGUUUUGUUCUCAUCGUUUUAUUUGUUGUCCGAAACUAGAUAGGUUUUCCUAAUAAAGUUACAGUCUCCUUG